AUGAUGAAUUUCCUUCGCCCACCAAGGGCAAGCCACCUUCUCACCCAGGCUUCUCUCCGCAUCCGUCAAAGAGCAGCUCCUGCGUGCGUAGCUUCGCAGAGCAGACAGUCUUCAGACCUGAAGAGACACACUGCGUCAAAGUCACCAACCGCUCUGAGUACAGACCGAAAGACCGGGGCACUUGAUCACAUCUUCACAAAAGCCGACUCCCUCAUAGCCUGGGCCCGCAACGGCUCAUUCUGGCCCCUCUCAUUCGCAACCGCCUGCUGCGGCGUCGAAAUGAUGCACGUCUCCAUGCCGCGCUACGACCAAGACCGCCUCGGUAUAAUCUUCCGCGCUUCGCCUCGUCAAUCAGAUGUGAUGAUCGUUGCUGGAACAGUCACGAAUAAAAUGGCGCCCGCGAUCCGCCAGCUGUACGACCAGAUGCCCGAUCCGAAAUGGGUGAUUAGUAUGGGGAGUUGUGCGAAUGGUGGCGGGUACUAUCACUAUAGUUAUAAUGUCGUCCGGGGUGUUGAUAGGGUGAUUCCGGUGGAUAUCUAUGUUCCGGGGUGCCCGCCGACGCCGGAGGCGUUGUUGCAGGGGAUUUUUGAAUUGCAGAGGAAGAUUCGGAGGACGAAGGUUACGAGAAUGUGGUAUCGGAGGUGA